CUUCACCGGCUGAAAGACGACCAGCGGUAAUCACGACAGUUGUAUGCGCACACUGUCUUCAUCCCUCAUGCUCCAUCAAAAUGGCGGACGUUGAAGAUGAUGAGAAGUUUUUGUAUGGAGGUGGUGAUGCACAGGAAAAGGACCAAACAUUGAGCACUGAAAUUAAACAAGAACCAAAAGAAGAAGAAGAAAUUACAGAAAAUGGACAAGUCAAAGAUGAAGAUGAUGCCAAGGAAGCUGGAGAGCUAAGCAAUGAAGAUGAUGAGGAGGAUGAUGAUGAUGAUGAUGAUGACGAUGAUGAUGAUGUCCAGGUCACUAUUGGGGAAAUAAAUACGUCAGCAGCACCAUAUGGAGCUCCAUAUGCAGCACCUGUAAACUGGAAUUUCAAGUCAGGAAGUGGAUCUGCUGCAGUAAAGGAUACAAAAGACAAUAAACACAUUGAUGUGGAUGCAGUUGGUACAGUCAAUGGUGUGUCUGUGCAUGAAUUCGAUUUGGACUCAGUUGAUGACAAACCUUGGAGAAAGCCUGGUGCUGACAUCACUGAUUACUUCAACUAUGGCUUCACGGAAGACACAUGGAAACAAUACUGUGAAAAGCAGAGAAGAAUGAGAAUGGAAUUACAAAUGCCGAAGAAAAUAUUUAUGCACCCACCAGCCACAGUGGACCCAACCUUGCUGCCUGAUGGGAGACCCAGAAAGGCAGGCCCACCCCCUGAGAGAAAACUGGAAGGAAGCAUUGAUGUUAUCGGCGGAGAGGGCUCCAGAGUGGAAAGUCGCCGGAGACGUGAAGAUGACGUCAUGAUGCCGAUGAUGGAGGAAGGUAUGAACCCGGAUGUGGCGGCUCGCCAAGGGAUGAUGAACAAAAGACAUUUUCCUCCAGGUCCACCAGGAGGUCCCCAUGGGAUGCCACCGGUGUCGGGAGCCCCACCAUUCAUUCCCCCUCACCCAGACCCCUCAAUGGGCCCUCCAAAUUCAGGAGCACCACAUGGUAUACCUAUGCAUAUGCCACCUGGUGGUCCCAUUCCACCCGGAAUGCCCCCUCCCUUCAGACCCAUGGGUCCAGAUGGACGACACCACCCCGAGGGGGCACCUCCGGGUAUGCCGCCCCCGGGUAUGCCCCCUAUGCCUGGCAUGGCAGGUCCGCCACCCCACGGAUUUCCGCCUGAGAUGGGAUUACCUCCGGAUGGAAUGCCACCGCCAUUUGACCCAGGGUUUCCAGGUCGCCCGGGUGCAAUGAGCAUGCGUGGUAGAGGUCGUGGGCGAAUGCCGGUAGGAGGGCCCCCAGGGGUUCCGCCUGGAAUGCCUCCACCCGGGGAAUUUCCGCAAGGAAUAGACGAAAGAGGACCAAGACCGUUUGAAGAAGGAGCGGCGUUUUUCCCAGGAGGAGAUCCAACCCAAGCUUUUCACCCAAUGAUGGGACAUCCUCCCGGCAUGCCGUGGGACGCUGGCAUGGGUCGCGGGUUUCCCCCUGGAUUCCGCGAGGGAUUCCCGGGUGCCAUGGGCAGGCAAGGCAGCGAGAGUCCGGGAGACGACGAUAGCGAGUUUGGCAGUAGUGAUGAAGAUAGGAAACGCGAUCGUGAUUCACAUAGACGUCGAGACAGAGAUAGGGACAGAAGCCGUGAACACAGAGAAAGAAAUCGUGACCGAGAUCGUUCUCCACGUAAAGAGCGUGAUCGUGAUCGUGACCGAGAUAGGCGUGAUCGAGAAAGAAGACACCGUGACCGUGACAAAGGAGACAGAGAAAGACGUGAGGAACGUUCAUCGCGAAAAGAUAAAGACAGAGAAAAGUCAAAAGAACAACGAGAAAAAAAAAGACAUAGUAAAACGACAGGGUCUGAAACUUCCGGCGGCCCGGAAGAGGGAGAACUGGUGUCGAGCAAGAAGAAGAGUAGAAGAACCCGGGAGGCGAAAGAAACUAAGAGCGAAAAUUCUGAGCCGCGAGAAGAAGGUCAGCGGACACCAACACCAUGAUCACGCUCAGAUCGUAUGGUGCGUUGUGUAGCCUGAGGAACGAACGUUACAGUUGCUUGCAAGUCGUCUCUGUACAAAAUGUUACUUGUACAAGGUAUCAAGACUGGGUCUUGCAGCAGCGAUUUUCCAAGUUUACACGAUAACUUACAUGUUCUCUUUAGUGCGCAAACAACUGUUCAUCAUGCUUUUCAUCAAUGGAGGGUUUCCAAAAGCAUCUUUUCAAUUUAUAGUUUUGAUAGCCCAAAUGACAUCGUAAACUGAAAACCAAGUCGUCAAAGCAAAGAUUUCAAAUCCUUUCCUGGGCGACGCCAUGAUGCUUAGACCUCACGUUUUCUGCACAACGUAUCUUUUUUAAUACCAAAUGGGUGUCACUUCUACCUUGAAUCCAAGCGGGUUUCGUUGUUAGAAAAUAUUCUGGGAGAUAUUUUGGCCUUAUUAAUGUAAGAUGCUGUGUCUUUACUCUUAAAACUCUCCUUGCGCAAGAAUAUAAAGAAUCGAGCAUUCGAAGGAUAUCUUAGUCAGACCACCUUGUAAUUUUAACCAUUUGUAAAUAAUCGUUCUUCAAACUACAAUUGAGCGUUUGUUUUGUCAUUUCGUCGACCCGUGUCGUGGAUGGAUCACUGUAAACUGAAAAUGUUGCUUUAUAUCUUCUAUAGCACCUUAUUCUACAAAUAUCGAGUUUAAAAGGAAAAAAACAGCAAAAAAAUGUAAAGAAAAAAUAAAAGACCGAAGUUCUUAUAA